CCGCACAUUGUGGUGUGGGGAAAGGCAAAUCCAAGCAGAAACAUAAGCAUGUCGAAGUUGAGGGUAACCCUGAACUCAAAACUAACGGUUGUGUCGAGCAGACCAGUUAGCUCUGGUAAGGUUCACACACUAUCAGCGUUGGACCGUGGCAUGGGCUGCCACAGUCUGCACGUUAUAUUCUACUACAAGAACGAGGAUAACUGGUUUAAGUCCUUUGAUUUGGACCCUUUGAGGGAAUCCUUGUCGGAGGUUCUGACUCAGUACCCUGUUUUGACGGGCCGGUUGGUUCGAGGGGCGAAUGGUGAGUGGGAAGUGAAGUGCAAUGAUGCGGGCGUUAGGACCAUAAAGGCCACUGUGGAUGCCACCCUUCAUGAAUGGCUCAAAUCUGCUUCUUACUCUGAGGAAAAGCUUCUGGUUGCUUGGGAUGAUAUGCCCGAGGAUCCCUCCACUUGGUCACCCUUUCGAAUUCAGAUAAACAGCUUUCAAGAAGGAGGUGUUGCAAUAGGAGUAAGUUGCAGUCACAUGAUGGCAGAUCUAACUUUCAUUGCAUCAUUCUUCAAAUCAUGGACGGAAUUUCACAGCCAUUUUCCCAUCACUCACCCUCCUUUGAUCGCUCCACUUUCUACUCGCGGCCAUGCAUCAUCGUCAUCAUCGUCAUCCACAAAAACAGCCUCUGCAACAAACUUUGCCACAGCCACCUUCAAGUUUUCGAGUUCAACCAUCAAACAGUGCCUCUCCAAAGUCCAUGACUCGUGCCCCAACGCCACCCCAUUCGACUUUCUGGCGGCUCUGUUUUGGACUCGUAUCGCCAGUGUCAGACCUCCAAAAACUCAGGACCAAACUCACUCUCUGCGCAUCUGCAGCGACUUCAGGAGUCUCCUGAAACCUCCCCUCCCAAUCGGGUACUUGGGAAACGCCUUGCACUUUUCAACGCUCUCGCAGAAAGUGAAAGACGUGGAACUAGGAGGCAUAGUUAGUGCAGUGCAUUGGCAGAUGGAAAAGCUUUCAGAAAUAGGGGCUAGCAAUGAAGGGAAACGCGUGUAUGGGAGUGAGUUAACUUGUGUCUGCAUGGAGCACUUGAUGGAGGAGGAAGAUCAGGAGUCAUUGUUAUACGGUGCAGGGUUUGUAAAUAACGAGAAACCAGUUCAUGUUUCGUGUCGGGUAGGGAAUGUGGAGAGCGAAGGUUUGAUCAUGGUGAUGCCUAGCGCGGAGGGAGGGCUUUCAAGAUCGGUGACGGUGAUGCUGGCGGAGGAAGAGGUGGCUGAACUGAAGAAAGACGAAGCUAUAAUGGAGUUGGAGGCUGUGAUGGUUCUUGCUGGUUGUGGAAUGGAUGAUUGAUUUUACACUUUGACUUGAAAGUUAACUUUUUUCUGGUUUCUUGUCUCUGUCUUCUUUUCUCUUUCCUUUUGUGAAUGUAAAGCUGGCACCUUUGCUUGUGGGAGCAGACAAGUAUAAAGGUUCUUGCACGAUGCUCACAUCAACGUGCUUAAUUUGGAAGAACCAAAAAGCUUUUCACGAACCUGGUAUAGUAUAGAACCAGCUCAAAUCUGUUGCGGAAAGUGAGAUAAUAGUAUUUGUGUACCUUCAACUUCUGAUGAGUCAGGCUCGCAGUGUACCCUGCUUCAGUAAAUUCGUUACAUCACUUUUGUUUAUU